GGCAGAAAAUAAAAUUAGGACAGAAGCAAAUUAUUUGGUGUUCUAAAUAAAAACAGUUGCAACGGACAAUUAGAGACAUGAAAACUGAGUUGUUUUGUUUGUACAGCAUCUGUGGUGGCCAUGAUUGUGAUUCUGAGACGAUGCCGCUAAUUUCGGCGUUUAUAAAACGAAGCGCUAAUAAUGUUUGAUUUUUUCCACCUAGUUUCAUAAGCUAGACGAUGUUUGGUCGAUAUAUAUUAUAGUUUUAUAGAGUAUAGGUUAUAAUUUUAAAGAUAUGGAUUUUUUUUUUUGAGAAAGAACUUGAUAUAGAUAUUAUUUCCAUUCCAGUUUCGAAGAACUUAUUUUCCAAAAAUUAGCCAAUGUUUAUCAGGAAAAAAUCUAAAACCAAAUUACUGCCAAAAGAAAAAAAAAACCUUUGGCAAGUUAAACCAAUAUCGUUUUGCUGAAAGAUUUUGAGUUAUUAAUUCAUGAAGUGAAUCAUGUUUUCUUAUAUGUAAUUUCAUAGGAUCAAACUUAAGCGAAGAAGCAUGCAUAAAUAACCUAUGUUGGAUGGUCUAGGCUCUAGAGCAUCUUUAAUUUUUUUUUGUUGUUGUUGUUGUUGUUAAACUUGGGACUCUCUAAACUUUGAGAUCUGACUCCAUAUUUCACUCGGUCUUAAACUUUCAACCCACUGUUUUAUAUAUACAACACGUUACAUGUGUGUAGAAGAGCACAUGACCGUACAACUUAUGGAAGUACAUAAGUAAAAAGUAAGAAAUAGUGGACGGAAGUGAAUGGAUUUUUUUUUUCUUUAUGAUAUAUGAUUAUUCACAUAAAGUAAAAUAUCUAAAGCAUAACAAGGCUGGUAAAAUAUAUGCUUUGGUUGUUUGUGGUUAGCAAAAUACUUUCUGUUUCUGUAAUUUUUCAAAAAUUUCUUCAAAUUUAAUACUAGAUUUUAUAACUAUGUAUGGUUUUUACUGUAUCAGUUAUGUACAUUAAUUAUUUUGUUUCUCUUCACAUGAUAGUUUUCAUAUAUGUUUCCUAAAAGAGUUUCUCUGCUGUUUCUCUAAUCAGUAUAAAACGUUAUUUCUCUAUCCCAAUUUAAAUAUCAAAACAUUUCUGCAAUCAAACAAUCAUUGUAUUAACAUAGUCAUCUUCUUCUUUUUUCACAAGUCAUGGCAAAACUAGUUUGUACGUAUCUGUUCUUCUCCAUGAUUGUUAUGUCUGCCUUUUUGGCUUUGCCAAUUGCAGAUGGAGCGGAUACAAGAAUGUGUAUUGUGGUCGAGAAGCUGAGCAAACCAUGCACUUUUCAAGAAUGCCAACCACUUUGUAUUCAGAAAUACAGAGGGACUGGCGUUUGUCUCGGAAAUAACAACUCUAAUUGCAAGUGCAAAUAUAAUUGUUAAGCUUAAUUAUGUGUAAUUUGAUGUUAAACUAGACAGAAAAUCUUUAUUGUCACAGGAAUAAAAUCUUUUUUAUAUAUAUGUACAAACCGAGCGGUAAAACACAAAACGUGCAUUUUACUAAUUCGAAUAUGCAAAUAUACGUCCGAUCUCAGUAAUAAUCAGGGCUAACAAAACGUGGGUUCAAGGAAAGCCUCAUCGGCACAACCACUAAUUCAGUAACUAAAAA